CUUGCACCAUUUCGAUUCCGCGUACUCUGUAUACGGCACGUUCAUUGUUGCUAUUCGGAAUCUUUUUCUCUCGUCUCCGCAUAGUGCAAAUCCUGUUCAUUUUACUUUUCAUCCCUACCCACCGUCGAUUCGCCAGGUUUCUUUCGUUCCCAAGCUCGGCAUUCUAUUUAUUUUGGGGAACUUGGUAGACUGUCGUUGCAUUGCUAAAGAAAAAGAUACACAAUCCUUGAUCCAUAUCGACAGCCUUAAAAUGAGCCACUGAGCGAAGCCAGGAUACUACCUGUCAGGUUUCAAGCAGCGAACCUAGAAUACCUAGUUCCUUCACACCCCCUUCGAAGUGCGUUUUGAAAUGGUGGAGACCCUGUCGCAACAAAAUUGUCAACUCACACCGGCCGCCUCGUCUGCAUAAACUCAGCUCCUCCGACACGGUUUCCAUCGGUUAAAUCGCCAAGGUGUUCUCCCAGACAAGGUUUCUCCAGAGUGAUAGAAGCGACAAUACCCAAGGACGGACGUUGGGCCUGGCGCCGCUAAUAAUCUGGGGAACAUUUUUGGCUUUCGCGAGAGCCUAACCUGCAGAUCUCACAACCCUUAGCAUCAAUCAUUAUCACCGCCGUCAAGGAUACACAAUAAUAUUAAUAAAACAUCCUGUUUUGAAGCCUGGACUUGGCGGCUCUUUUGGAGGCGCAACUUCGGGCCGCCUUGGCGCGCGAUAACUAGUUAAUGCCUGCCGCGUUUUCUUUUAGUCUCAUUCUACGCUGCGUAUAGCGACACCCUCCGGGCUCACUAUAUCGUGAAGCGGAUGGCUCGCAAAUCCCCCUGAGCAAAUACUACUCUGCUAUUUUCCCCGCGUUCUGUGCUAAACCUUGCUUUUACCCACAACAUGGUUGGGAUUUUAUGCAGUUUUUCUCUUUCGAAGACAAAUGGAUCCAAAUGCUUUAAUGCUUACACGUUGGCCGUGAUAUCACGGGCGUGCGGUGCGAGCUUGCCCUAACUAAUGAUGAUUCUUCCGCCAAAAGGAAAUAAAAAAAUCUCCAGAAAAAAAGCCUGAUACGUUUAACCAUCUCAACGGACAAAUGGUCCAAGGAUCGCCUUGGGGUGAACAAGCUAGGAAAGUUUAACGGGAUAUAUGGCCAGGGCCGUUCAAGACGGACUCCAUUUCAUAGACUGACAAAAUUGUGACAAUCAGGACUUACCCCCAGAUUAGUCCGAAAUUGGCGAUGAUCGAUGUUUCAUAGACAGGGACCAAAAUCCACUGACACAGCAGACAGUCCUCUACCAGCCGUCAGCCGAGCAUCACCGCGGCAGAGCUGGAGUCGGGAGGAACAUGAAAGUUUGUACUAUUUCAUAUGCCUCCAUCCGCCAGGGCCCGAAAUUGCACGGCACCCUACCGUGGGCAAGACUUCUCCGCAUAUCAAAUCCCUCUUUUCGAGAAGAUGUUUCUUUCCACGAUUCCAAAUCCAGGGCAGGAAUCCGUUCUUCGGCUUGGCUGCUGAGUUUUUGACUGUCUAAUUCGCCCGCUGUGAAUCAGCUGGCCUCUGAUCAUCACACCCUAGUUUGCUAGACACAAGCUCUAGAGAUCCCUGUUUAUCACUUGGAAGACAUACACAGUACAGUAUUCCCCGUGAGUACCCAUGCGACACAUGGUAAGCGAUCCUCCUAGCUCUGGAUGUCCGGGAUAGGGGAGGAGUAUUGAGGAGCUGCUAAGGCUGCGCAUGGGUCACCAUGAUUGUUAUGUUGUUCUCACUGGGGAGUUAUAAAGGGGACACCGCGCCUGGCAAGAUGUGUUGGAUAUACUCCUCCGUCGAUAGUGACCUUCAUCCGUUCGAGCAAUCUUUGACUUACAAAUUCCCAUUCUCGAAGUGUGCCCUUGGUUUGACUAUCUCAAGAUGAAGCUCUCCCUUCUCGCCCCCCUUGUGGCGGCCGGCCUGGCAGUGGCCGGCAGUCUACAGGCCGAGAAAAACAUGCUGCAGAUGCAGCGCCUCAUGGACAUGAAGCUCGCUGCUCAGGAGAAGCUACGCAAGGAAGGAUUCUUUGAUGAAGGUCGAUUCAAGUCUAUCAAGAGAGAGGAGCGUUGCGUUAACGGCAAGGCCGGCGAGUUCAGCUGCAAGAAUGUGGACAUGACAUCCUUCCUGAGCCAUCAGGACAUGGGAAGUCGCACGCGGCGAGGCAACGAUGUUUGGGGUUGGAAUGCCGAUGACGGUCGUGAGUUCGUUGCGGUCGGACAGACUGACGGCACUGCAUUUGUCGAGGUUCUGAAGGGUGGUAAGCUUAAAUACCUUGGCCGAUUGCCGACGCAGACCCAGUCAAGCACAUGGCGCGACAUGAAAGUCAUUGAUGGAUACGUCUACAUCGGCUCAGAAGCCCCGGGCCAUGGCUUGCAAGUCUUUGAUAUGCGGAAGCUGGCUAAGGUGAAAGGUAGACCAGUAACCUACGACAUCAGGAGGGAUCUCACAGCCUGGUUCAGAGGUUUUGGUAGCUCUCACAACAUCGUCGCGCAUGAGGACGCCAAAAUGAUCUAUGCCGUCGGCACGGGACGAACCACCCCAUGCAGAGGUGGAUUGUACAUGGUUGAUGUUUCCAACCCUGCUAGGCCUACAUCUCCUGGCUGUGCCAGUCAAGAUGGAUACGUCCAUGACGCCCAAUGUGUCAUUUACGAUGGCCCAGACGAGAGAUACACUGACCGCCAGAUCUGCUUCAACUACAACGAGGACACCCUCACCAUCGUCGACGUAACCGACAAAUCCAACCCCGUGCAAAUCUCCUCAACCCCCUACGAAGGCGCCUCGUACACCCACCAAGGCUGGAUCGCCGACGAGGACAUGGAAUACCUACUCCUGGACGACGAGCUUGAUGAAUCCGACGGCACAAACCCAGGAAAGUCAGGCCACACCACCACUUACAUCGUCAACAUUUCCAACCUCGCCAAACCGAGGUUCACAGGCUUCUACCAGUCACCCGUCAAGUCAAUCGACCAUAACCAGUACGUCAUCGACGGUCUCGCAUAUCAGUCCAACUAUGGUUCUGGCCUGCGCAUUGUGGAUGUCUCCAGUGUUACCCAGGACGCGACAGGCAAGGGCUUUAAGGAGGUUGGGUUCUUUGACUGCCAUCCCGAGGAUGAUAGUGUUGGCGGUAAGGUUGAGUUUGUCGGCUCGUGGAGUGUGUAUCCAUAUUUCAAGAGCGGGACUAUUGUGCUUAAUAGUAUUGAGCGAGGUCUAUUUGCGUUGAAGUAUAACCCUGAGUAGAGCGGAAUGGCAUACAUAGGGUAACUGUGUGCAACUUUGAAGCUGUUGCGAUUUUGCACAGGGUCUGAUGACCCUGUCAUGGCCGGAAAUUCUUGCAGCAGGAUACUACCGCUUCCUUUUUUUUCCUUGUUUCUGAUGGAAGGUUAUACUCCAUGUAACUAACGGGUCUGAAAUCGCCGGUAGACCAUGCGUGAUAUGAUCAUGAGCUGGAUUUAUGCAUUAAAGGCUGGUCUAGACUUUUCCGGUAUAUAUGAAUUACAAGUAACUGCAUAUGGGUAAAUUUAUUCUAAGCUUGUUGUGGUCUAAACAAUGUAUCAUGCUUUAGAUUUACGAAAUAUGCAACGAAUAAUUCCUAGUUCACUCUGCGCACAUUGAGCGCAACAUGUUAAUUCCAAACAUUGAUAUCUCGCCACCUGAGCCUUAUAAGAUUUCCUCGGGCUGUGCCUCCGUCAACCAAGUAUCG